UUUAUGUUUGAGAUAUGACAUUUUUAAAAAGUGCAAAUAAAUUGUUUGAAAAGGGUAACAAAUUAUUGAAAAUUCUCUAAUGGGUUUCCACGACAAAGUACGGAAAAGAUCAAGAUCACCAGUAUCCAAAUACACGCCCAAAAAGUUUAGAAUAUCUAAAUCUAGAAGUAGGUCAAAAUCACCUGUUCAAAAACACAACCCCCAAGAUAGGAGUGAUAGAGUAAGACAUGGACUUGGCUACCGAUCCAGGGAUAGAGAAACAAGUAAGAAAUUUAUCGAAGAUGAUUUUAUGGAAUCCAGAAGACAGCAAAGAGAAAUAUUAGGAGUACGAGAAUGCACUGUUAUUUGGGGAAAAUCUCCAGAACGUGAAGAUACAGACACAGAUGAUGAAGAAAAGCAUAUAGAGAAAGAUACCGUAAAGAAGAGCAAGAAAAAGAGGAAAAGUAAAAAAGAAAAGAAGACCAAGAAAGAGAAGAAACGUAAGAAGGAUAAAAAGAAAAAGAGAAAAAAGAAAGUAUCAUCUAGUUCUAGUAAUAGUGACAGUGAUUCAGAAACAGAAACGUGGGUUGAAAAAUCCGCUACUCCUAAAAAUGACUUUCUUUCUGAUAAUGAAGAAUCGGAUAUUGGUCCUUCACAAAAAGCCCAUGCUACUCUUACCCACAAAGAAAUGGGCAAAGCAUUGUUGCCCGGAGAAGGUGCUGCUAUGGCUGCAUAUGUAGCUGAAGGUAAACGUAUUCCUAGGAGAGGAGAAAUUGGUUUAACAUCUGAUGAAAUAGCAACAUAUGAAUCAGUUGGUUAUGUAAUGUCUGGGUCUAGGCAUAGACGAAUGGAGGCUGUUCGUAUUAGAAAGGAAAAUCAAAUUUAUUCUGCUGAUGAAAAAAGGGCGUUAGCUAUGUUUAGCAAAGAAGAACGGCAGAAGCGUGAAAAUUUGAUAUUAGGACAGUUUAAAGAUAUGGUUAAUUCUAAACUAGCUGAAAAAAAUAAAUAAGUACAAUAUGUGUUUAGUGUAGUUCAGUUAAUUCCAUAAAAUAGAACUAUUAUAAUUAUUCCAUUUUUAUUUUAAAAACAAAAAUAUAUAC